AUGCAGAAUUGGACUUUAAUUGCCCAGCACGUACAUGACAUCCUCAGGAACUAUCCUCUUCUGCACUUAACACAUGGGUGGAAGGUUUUAGAAAUCUGCACUAUAAUUGAUUGGAAUAAAGGGAAAGCUGUCAACUUGUUGCUUGAAUGUCUAGGAUUGAAUGAUCGAGACCAUGUCCUUCCCAUUUAUAUCGGGUGUGAUCGUACUGAUAAGGAUGCCUUCAAGGUUUUAAGAGAAUUGAAUAGUGGUUAUGGGAUUCUGGUUUCUUCAGUACCAAAAGAGACUGAUGCUCACUAGUCACUGAAAGACCCAUCCGAGGUUAAAAUGAAAGAAGCAGUAUGACCUGUUUUAUCAUAAUAUUGUCCUAUCCUGAUUCAAAUGCAAGUUUUAUAAGUUUUGUUAGGUGAUGGUGUUUCUCAGAUCCUUUGUGAGAUGAAUAAAUCCUCAAAUAGCAUCGAAUUGAUGUAACUGAUUGUUUCUAGCUAAUCUAGCAAAAAAAUAGAGCUUAAAUUAGAUUUCUCAGGAGUCUUAAAUUUGAAAAUUGCAAUUUUUUGUAGAAGUUUUUUUUUUCCAGGAAAUUAGACUUAUUAGAGACUAUCUCCUAGUCCUGGAUCAAUCAGGAACAAAAUCAGCAAGGAAGAUUAACUUCUCAUGGAAAAAUAAAAAUGAUGCAGAAUCAAUUUUUUCUGGUACUAGUUUGAUAUCAAUCUCCUUUUACACAACUCUCCUUGGCCUAUUGGUUGAGAGCUUAGGCUUCCAACUAAGAGAUCCAAGGUUUGAGUCUAUGUGUAUGCGUUGUGUGUGUGAGUUUGCCUUAAAUGGCCUAAAUGUCCCAAAAAAAAAAAAAAACAGACUUGCAGUCAUGAGUAAGCUCAGUAAAGUAGAGGACUUUUAACUUCCUCAAGGUAUAUCUUCUUCUAGGCUGAGUUUUCUAAUUUUAAACCCAUUUUUUACAUUUUUUAUUCACAUAUUGUUUUUCUAUGCUUGAAGAAUUGAGUCUUACAUGUUCAGCUUUAUAACUUUUGUUGAAGCAUUCUUUUGACUUUAUCUGCUUGUUUUGACUGCAGAUUUGUGUACUUAAAGUGAACAUCCAUGUGAAUGAUGUAAGAAGAAAGUUAAGAAGCUGCU